CCCACAUCCCACCUCCUCAUCGACGAACGACGACGAACGACGACUAUCGACGACGGUAUCGCGACAGGACGAGACUUGAUAUUGUCACAUUGUCAACAGCGGCCCGACCUAGAACCUAAGAACAACCGAAACGGAAGCUUUUCGGGUGCCGAGUCCUGUAGGUAUUACCCAAGACGCGCCUUGCCGAAGACGCGGUUAUCGGAGCCAUGGGUCAAGCACCGAUCAAGCGCAGAGAGAAGAGGGGCCAAGAGUCCUAUUGCCGGUCCUGUCCGGUCCGGUUAUUGUACAUAACAGUACUUCCACUUGGAUGAUCGAAGCGCUCCGAUAAAAGUGCGAACGGACGCCUCCUCCCGGCCGGGUUUGGGUCCCUUGUCUAUCUACGUCUACUGUGUAGAGUCCGACCGCCGUCGACAUGGAGUACAGUAGUACCGCGCGACUGCGAUUCAGUUGCCACACUAUCCUAUAUGGCGAUGGAUAUCAGACUCAAGGGUUUCGCGCAAGUGGCACGCAGUUGGUAGGGAGUAGUGUAGGAACAUAGCGAGUGCUACGCCUUUGUGCCACAUGACUACGAGUCGAGGAUCAAUCGAAGCUCGGUCCAGUUGUCGAGAGAGGGAAGAUGGCUGUUGGAGGGGUAUCCCCUUCUGGCUGUUCUUCUCAUCCUCGCCAUCCUGGUAGGGUGGUGUUGUUCGAGGUUGAUAUACAAGUGUAUACUUAUACACAGAAAGAAGAAGGUGAAUAUUGGUAACGUCAAAUACGCAUCGAUAGGAGAUCGAAGAGGAGGAUACUAUGGCAGGGUAUCGCUGUCUCGAGAGAGGUGAUGCUCGACUCGACUCGAGUCUUCCACGUCCAGUUGCUGUCCUUCUGCUCGAGUGCUUGCUGCUUGGCGUUAUCGCCGGUGCUCGGUGCCAGCCGCAAUGUUCGGGUUCCCCAUUCUUCCGUUAUCUCAUUUUGUCUAUCCAUGUUUCCGAGGUUGGCGAUGUUGUAUGUUUACUACAGGUGACAGCAAUAACGAAUUGAACUGGCUACUAGGCCAUCCAUCAGCGUUGACUACCACACCUACAGGUAGCAUGUGUCGUGACGAGCCUUGACAACCAAACCAAGCUACAUCGACGAACGAACGACAUCUACCAA